AUGCUGGCUAUUGAAAGAUUCAUUCUGGGGCUAAUGGGUACUCGUAGAGCAUUAUUGGCCAUAAUCUUCACAUGGCUUGCUGUGUUUGAAGGAUGUUCAAAUGUCGUCAGUGGCGAGUUUAAUUAUAAAGACGCUCUCACCAAGUCCCUCGUAUUUCUGGAGGCUCAACGCUCAGGCAAGCUCCCUCCCAAUAACAGAGUGCCUUGGAGAGGGGACUCCGCACUUGACGACGGAAAACUCGCUAACGUGGACCUCUCUGGAGGAUAUUAUGAUGCAGGAGACAACGUCAAAUAUGGUUUUCCCUUGGCUUUCACAGUUACUACUCUGUCAUGGGCUGCAGUUUAUUUCAAGGAUGAGAUUCAAGCUGCCAAGGAAAUGGAUAAUGUUCGAGACGCCAUCAAAUGGGGAACCGAUUAUUUGCUCAAAUGUGCUUCCCGACGCGAUCGAUUAUAUGUGCAGGUGGGGGACCCAGAGGAGGAUCACCAUUGUUGGGUUCGACCAGAAAAAAUGAAGACAAAAAGAACAGUUUUGCAAAUUGGUGAUGGCACGCCCGGUUCAGAGAUUGCAGCUGAAACUGCAGCAGCAAUGGCUUCUUCUUCUAUUGUUUUCAGGAGUACCGAUCGUGCUUACGCUCGAAGUCUCCUCAACAAGGCCAAGCUGCUUUUCAAAAUGGCGAAAGAACACAAGGGAACUUAUGAUGGAGAAUGUCCCUUCUACUGCUCUUUCUCUGGCUACAAUGAUGAGUUGUUGUGGGCAGCAACAUGGCUAUAUAUCGCAACCAAAAAACCAUUGUAUUUGAAGUACAUUCAGGAGGAAGCCAUUAGUGCUUAUGUGAAUGAGUUUAGCUGGGAUCUCAAAUACGCAGGAGCUCAAGUGCUUAUCACUAGGUUACUUUAUGAAGGAGUCCCAAAAUUGGAUACAUUCAAAUAUCAAGCCGAUAGUUUCAUAUGCUCCGUCCAUCCCGAGAGUCCCUACAGUCAGAUUAAAUUAACUCCCGGUGGCGUCAUUCACUUGAGGGACGGAGCCAACACGCAAUAUGUGACCGGCACGGCAAUGGUCUUCACCUUUUACGGCGACAUUCUGGAAGAACACAAACAAACAAUCACUUGUGGAACUAAAACAUUCACCUCGGCCGACCUCUUUAAAUUCGCCAAGGGCCAAGUAAUAAUUAAUCACAUGGAUUACAUUCUGGGGAAGAACCCAGAAGGAAGAUCUAUAAUGGUUGGAUUCGGGAACAACCCACCAAAACAAGCCCACCACAGAGGAGCAUCGGUGCCGAUGUCGGCGGCGAACGAGGAGGUGACCUGUCCGGAUAGCUUCAUCAAAUGGUUACAACGUGACGGACCAAACCCUAACGAGCUCACCGGCGCCAUACUGGGAGGACCCGACAAAAACGAUCACUUCGACGACAAACGUACGGAUUCCGCAGCCACUGAACCAUGCACGUACGUCAACUCUCUCGCCGUCGGUCCUCUUGCAAAGCUCGCAUUCAUCUAUAAUAAAUAA